AUGACUUCUCUCAAAGUGACCAAGAAGUCUCAAAUGAAGGCCGCUCAAUAUGACACCGACUCCCCGGAGCAUUUAUGGACAGCCGCCGAGGAAGCCACCUUCCAGGAGGAGUGUUGGGUAGAUGCCGAGGAAGGUUCGAUGUACGAGUCAAUAGAGGAAGCGCUUAGCUGUCAAAAGUGCACUCUCUGCAUCACAGAAGACAUCAUGCGCGUUGACAUUAAGAAUGGUACAUACGACACAAGCAAGUACCCGCCAUCUUUCUCAAACCCCAGCACACGAGAUGAUGACAUCUCACCAUUUGACACCUCCACUCCAAAAAACAACCUAUCCCACUGGACAGUCAUCACAAUCCCACAGCACCAGCGAUACUAUGAGCUCGUGGAGAAAAACUUGAACAACAGAAUUGAUGCCGAGGAUACUGCUGAUCCAGAGCUCGCAAUCCUCUUCGCUCAUUACCAAGUCGACUACCAUAUCCAGCAACACUACCUUGCACGCCGGGGUAUUCUAACAAUGUGCCGUGAUUCGAAAGACAUGCGCGCAUUAUGGAAAUGGCAAUGGCAGAUGAGCAUGACGGACGCCGGACUUGAGCAGAACAGUAAUGAUCAACGACCCUGGCCGAAUGGUUCCCGACGGGUAGACUGGCCCAACGAUGACAAUCUGCAGAUGCUUCAUGCAACAAUUCUAUGGAAGAAAUCGUGGAGGGCGAGAAAGGAGCACUUGGAGCAAGUGAGGAUUAAGUGGGCAGCGAUUAUGGAGGAGAGGCGGAGACAGAGAGAAGCCCUACUCGCGAAGCAGGCGGCAUCAAUGAUGAGAGUGAAGCUUUAUUGCGGCGGAGAAUUGAUCGAGGUGAGAGAGUUGAAGCGGAUGGCUUCUUCGGAGCGUAUCUUCCGAGCCAAGAGGAACUUUAGUUUGUGGGUUUAA